UUAAUCGGCAUACUUUUAAAUUUAGGAGACAGCGUUAGCAGAAGGCGGAAGAGUUUUGGCCUGAACAAGCUGCCGUCAAGGGCGUGGCGACGCAGCCGCAAUAGGAACAGUUCGCGCGCGGGUAGCUGCAGAUCGGCUUCCACGAUUCUCAUGGCUCCGCCGGUAGUUCUUAAUCUCAACAACGAGGUUGUGAAGAUGAGAAAAGAAGUAAAGAGAAUACGAGUUUUGGUCAUCAGAAAACUUGUCAGGAGUGUCAGCAGGCUGAAAUCAAAAAAAGGUACUGAAGAUGCACUAUUAAAAAAUCAAAGACGGGCACAACGAUUGCUUGAAGAAAUCCAUGCCAUGAAGGAACUGAAACCUGAUACAGUAACUAAAUCUGCUCUUGGUGAUGAUAUCAAUUUUGGAAAGAUCUGCAAAAAGCCAGAUUCUUCUGCAACUGAAAGAGCAAUUGCAAGACUAGCUGAACACCCUCUUCUAAAGAAAAAAAUAGAUAUACUAAAAGCUGCUGUCCAAUCCUUUAAAGAUGCAAGACAAAAUACUACUGAAGUUAAGGAUACUACAGAAGGAAAUCAUUCUAAGGACACUGUGUGUUCAGAUGAAGAAGAAAGUAAGUCUGAGCAUGAAAGAACUAAGCCCACUGAGCACAAAGUGAAAGAAGCCAAAAUACAGACAAAGAAACCAAUAAAUAAUUCAAAAGAAAAGGUGGCCAUGAGAGAACAUGGACCCAAAACAGUGAACAUUCCAAAUUCUCCGUCAAAGCUUUUAGAAAAGGAUUCUGUAGUUAUCCUUCAGGCCCAGAAGACACCUGCUGACCCCUACAUGAAAACAUUAAAUAAAAAGAAAGGAUCUGAUAACUUGCUUGGUGAUGACAGCGAUAGCGAAGAACAAUUAUAUGAAGAAGAAAAGGAAUAUUUUGAUGACAGCACAGAAGAAAGGUUCUACAAACAGUCUUCCAUAUCUGAAGAUAGUGAUAGUGGUGAUGACUUCUUCAUCGGAAAAGCCAGACAGACGCGAAAAAAGGAAAAUUGUAGCCAUACUUCAGCUAAAGAACAAAAACCUCUCUCCCAAGUGUUACCCAAGGAAGAUAUUUGUGACAUUCACUGGGAUUGUGGUUUCAGAAGGAGAAAUGAUAAAAACAAGCCAAGUACAGAAGCCAGGAAGUUAGAAUCACUGUUUUUUCACUCUUUAUGUGGAUCUAAAAGUUCUAAAAGGGAACAUAGAGAACAAGUUCCAAAAAGCACGGUCUCAGAGUUUCCAGAAAAUGAACCUCCAAUUAAGAACCAGUUUAAAAACAACAUACAAAGAGGACUUAAAAAUGCAAAACAGCUAAAUGCACCUCUUCAUCCUUCAUGGGAAGCAAGCAGAAAGCGAAAAGAACAACAAUCCAAAAUUGCUGUGUUUCAGGGGAAAAAAAUUACAUUUGAUGAUUGAUUAGUGCCUCUUUUUGCGAACUCUCUAAAAUACAUUCUUUUUUAUCUAUUAUUUCAAAUUGUAUUUUUUAUUCUCUCUGGAGGGCGUAAGAAUGCCUGCUUUUUAUUUUUUGGGGUGAGUUUGUUUAAGCCUAUUAUAAAUUGAGUGCCUACUUGAAUUCAUUUUAAUGGUAUGCCCCAACUUAUUACUUCCAUAAGAGAAUUUGGAGAUUGUAGCAAUCUAAACUUUUCUCAUUGGGGCUUAUCAUGAAGUAUAUUUUCCUCGUUCAGCCUUGAAAUAUCAAACUAUAGUUAAAAUGAUGAUAAAUAAUACAUGAAGAAAUCAUAAUUACUUAAAAUAGAUCAC